ACUUCACUCUCAGUUCAGCUACGACCUUGUGUGUGUAUGUGUGUGUGUGUGUGUGUGUGUGUGUAAGAAAAAGGGAGGAAAAAGUUUGGAAUAGAAGGAUAAUAGGAAAACAGAAGAAGAGAUGAAGCUGUGGAUUAUGUGUGUGUUGUGUGUGGCUCCAGCUCUUGUGGGCAGCAAAUGUGUGUCAGAUUCGCAGCGCGAUGGCUAUCUUGUCAGGCUCAGUAUUAAAGCAGCGCUGGGAGAUAAUGCUUAUGACUGGGACGAGAGCGAGAUGUUCUUCUUCAGAGCGACGGUGGCUUUCGCCAUGAGGAGCUACACCAACGAUCAGACCUACAACGUCUCAAACAUAUUGGUGUGUAACGAAACAGAGCGAGUGUCGUUUUGGUUCGUGGUGAUAUCACCGAGCGACAGCUCUCAGCUCAUUCCCAAACAAACGGUGGAGAAAGCCAUCAGGAAUUCGAGGAAUCGGAUCAAUAACGCGUUCCUGCUGACGGAUCAGACGCUGGAGUUUGUGGGAAUAAACCCGACUCUGGCGGCUCCGAUGCAGUACGACACGCAGCCGUGGCUCAUCGUGUUCGGCGUGGUGAUGGGACUCGUGUGUGUCGGCAUCAUCGCCAUGCUCUUCACCUCCUUCAUCCAGAGGACACGGGCGAAGCGCAAACAGUCCGAGGAAGAAGAGGAAACCGGAGAAAGAGUGACAGGAAACGGAAUAAUGUGUGAGAUUCUGAAGGAGAAAGACGGCUUUAACAACCGAGGAUUUGCUGAUGAUGAUCGCUUCACCAAGCUCUAAACCCUGACGGACUUUAACACAUUUAUCAGGAAUGUAAUGCAAAAGUUUGAGCUAAUGUUACUAGUAACAGCAGUCCGGCUUUACUCGCCUUUAUUUCACACUCAGCUCCAGAAUUAUUGGCACCCUUGGUAAAUAUGGGUAAAAAGUAAAUAUGGCACGAUACCACUUUUCUUUUCUGAUACUGAGACCUUGAGCAUCAGUCGACUCCAAGAUGGUUUUCUUUAAAAACUUCACAGUUACAUUCUUACACACAAAAACACUUCCUGUACUUUACGCCAAUCCCAACAACAGAAAAAAAACAGUCAUGUCUCUUUAUAUGUAAAUGUUUCCAGUUCCAAAAAUAAAUUUCUUUCCCAAAUCCAA